CCACCCCCUCUACACACUACGGCCCCCUAAGGGCUGCAAUGACGUCACACCCGCACUAGGCCCAUUUAACGAUGACGUCACCGGGGUCCUCCCUGGUUGUGAAGAUGGAGGAACUCGGGCAGCAACCAGACAACAAGAACACCCUGAAGAAGACCAAGUUUGAUCUGCGCAUCGUCCAGGCCUACCUGCAGCGAGCCCGCGAGGAGCGCCCAAUGCUCUCUAUCCCCGUGGAGGAGCUGGACGCCCACCUGGCCAACUUUAUCCACACCCAUCGCAAGCAGGACGGCUCGGAGUACGAGCCGGGUACCCUGCGCGGUAUACUGGGCAGCCUGGACCGCCACUUCGAGAGGUGCGGCUACCCCCACGCCAUCUACCGCUCCCGCGACACCAAGUUCCUCAGGACGGUGGCCGCCAUGAAGGAAAAGCAGAAUUACCUGAAGACCGUGGGCAAGGGGAGCCACCCGCAGCACGCCGAGCCGCUGACCGAGCGCGAGAUCGAGCUUCUCUACGCCACCGGCGCCAUCGGCCUCCACAACCCCACCGCCCUCCUCUACAUGCUCUUCUUCAACAUCGGCCUCCACUUCAGCCUCCGCACCAUGGAGCAGCACAACCUCAAGUGGGGCGACAUCCACCUGAAGGCCGACGCCCAGGGCCGCAAGUACCUGGAGCACACCAAGAAGCUGUCGCCGGGCCGGGGGGGCGGCGGCGGCGCCCGCUUCCACCCCUCGCACACCAUGCGCAUGCAGAUCUACGAGAGUCCCGAGCAGCCGGACCGCGACGUGGUGAAGGCCUACGAGAAGUACUCGGUGGAGAGGCCGGAGAAGAUGAAGUGCGAGGACGCCCCCUUCUACCUGACGCCUCAGCCCGACUGCCGGCCUGGCUACGCCCGCUGGUUCAAGAACCUGCCCGUGGGGGAGUCCAGGAUCCGCGGCAUCAUGAAGCACCUUAAGAUGGCCGCCGGGCUGCCGCCGCAGAGGAAGAUCUUGGGGCGUUCCCCGCUGAGGAGCCCCGUGCCACUGGGGAGCAGCAUGGCCUCCAUUCUCUCUGCCCAGGUCAAGGCCCUGAGGGGGGAACCGUCGCUGAAUGGCUGCCGGAGCAACGGCGUCACCAUAAAGAAAGAGGAGGACGACUCGUACGGUCAGGAGGAUUCCUCGAACACAGGUGGCCGGUACAAAGCUCUGGGGAUCCGUGGCUUCGGUACCCGGCUGUCGGAGAGCAGCAGAGCUCUUCCAUCCGCCAUCAUCAGCAACCCCAAACUCACCAGGAUUAAGGAGGAGUGGGAGCCGGAAGAGGUGUCGUCCCCGGGAGUCGUCAUGGGGGAAAAGAGCGACUUCCCGGGACAGGGGUCUGUGACGUUCCAUGACGUGGCGGCCUGUUUCACUACCGAGGAGUGGGCGGAGCUGGAGGACUGGCAGAAGAAGCUGUACAAGAACGUGAUGCAGGAGAUCCAUUCUGCACUGGAGGCCAUGGGUUACAAAAUUUUGAACGCGGACGUCCUUCUGAAGAUUAAGGACGGCGAAUGUGAUAAGAAGAGCCCGGCUCAUGAGAAGAAGGACUCCGCUACAGCCUCCGGCAGAGGUGUCAGCCCUGACAUAUUACUUCGGAUAAAUCAGGACGCGGUGCCGGAUUGGCGGGAAAUGGAGGAAGCAGAGAAAGAGGACGAGCUGGACACCUCCAACAGCAUCCCCGUGUUUGAUCCGGAUCUUUCCAUGUGGAUCUUUAAGGAAAGUCCAGACAUCAGUCUUCCAGAAGACGGGAGAGACCAACUACUGCACGCUGAUACAGAUGAAGGGGUGUCCAUACCACACUCUGCUCCCUCAUCGUUCAAGGGACCAUUACCGGAGAUCUCCACUUUGUGUCGUCCCAUUUGCCCGGAGCUCCCUCGCCCCGGUAAGCGGAAGAGACAUGAAGGGGUGUCCAUACCACACUCUGCUCCCUCAUCGUUCAAGGGACCAUUACCGGAGAUCUCCACUUUGUGUCGUCCCAUUUGCCCGGAGCUCCCUCGCCCCGGUAAGCGGAAGAGACGCCCGCCCCAGCGGCGGACCAGCGAGCAGCAGCCGGAUUCAGACAGCGACGAAGAGGAACCAAAUCACCGCCUACCCUGCCGUAACCCACCAUCGCUGGGUGUGACAGGGGAGAGGAAGGAUUGGACGGCGCAGGAUCGGUUGUAUCAGUGCGACCUGUGCGAGAGGACCUUCAGUGACCUCUGUAACCUGCAGGAAACGAUCCUCUCCUGCCCACAGUGCGGUGGCUCCCUGAACCCUCUUCCCAACCAGCCGGCCGACACGGGCCAUACUCAGACGCUGAAUUUCUCCGAGCCCGGCUCAGACACCGGCCUCCCCCGCCCAUUGCAAGGACCGGUGGGGUGA